CCGCUGACGCUGCCCCCGCAGGCCAAGGACAGCGACGAUGAGGACGAAGUCGUCCACGUCGACCGCGACCAUUUCAUGGACGAGUUCUUCGAGCAGGUGGAGGAGAUCCGGGCUUGCAUCGAGAAGCUGUCGGAGGACGUGGAGCAGGUGAAGAAGCAGCACAGCGCCAUCCUGGCCGCCCCCAACCCCGACGAGAAGACGAAGCAGGAGCUGGAGGACCUCACGGCCGACAUCAAGAAGACGGCGAACAAAGUGCGCUCCAAGUUGAAAGCCAUCGAGCAGAGCAUCGAGCAGGAGGAAGGUCUGAACCGCUCCUCGGCCGACCUCCGCAUCCGCAAAACCCAGCAUUCCACGCUGUCCCGCAAGUUCGUGGAGGUGAUGACCGAGUACAACGCCACCCAGUCCAAGUACCGCGACCGCUGCAAGGACAGGAUCCAGAGGCAGCUGGAGAUCACCGGCCGGACCACCACCAACGAGGAGCUGGAGGACAUGCUGGAGAGCGGGAAGUUGGCCAUCUUCACCGAUGACAUCAAAAUGGACUCGCAGAUGACCAAACAGGCCCUGAACGAGAUCGAGACGCGACACAACGAGAUCAUCAAGCUGGAGACCAGCAUCCGGGAGCUGCACGACAUGUUCGUGGACAUGGCCAUGCUGGUGGAGAGCCAGGGCGAGAUGAUCGACCGCAUCGAGUACAACGUGGAGCACUCGGUCGACUACGUGGAACGCGCCGUCUCGGACACCAAAAAAGCCGUAAAGUACCAGAGCAAAGCUCGGAGGAAGAAAAUCAUGAUCAUAAUUUGUUGCGUGGUGCUGGGGGUGGUCUUGGCCUCCUCCAUCGGGGGCACGUUGGGCUUGUAGGGUCCCCGGCGCGCCCCCCCUUCCCCCCGCGGCAGCAAUUAACGCCCCCCCCAAACCCCCCCUCCCCCCGCCCCCCCGCCCCGGCCUGCCCCCCAACCUCCCCCCCCGCCCCCGGUACCGAGAAUAACCGCCUCAGCGAGAAUUAAGAAUAAAUUAAGAGACUAAUUGUUCAUGCGAACGGACAUAACCGCACGUGGUCCAAUCACCCGCCGCGGACCAGAGCGGGUGGGCCCGGCCCGGGGCCGGCAAAUCUAAGCGGCUCUUCGGCCUCCAUCCAUCCCAUCCUCCUCCUCCUCCUCCUCCUCCUCCUCCUCCUUCUCCUCCCCCCGGGACAUCUGGGUCCUCCCCACUUUUCUCCUCCUUCACCUCCCCCGCCAUCUCCUGUCCAUGCGUUGGGCACUUGGGGGGGGGGGGGGGGGUGUCCUCCUGCCCUUGGGGGUGGGGGGGGGGGUGGGGCAGGAGGUUGUCCUACAGGAGGUUGGGGGGCGGAGGGGGGAGUUGGAGGGGUAGGUGGGUCAAGGGGGCCACCAAAGUGGGGGGCUGGGUGGAGAUGGAGGGUGCCGGGGUGAGGUUGACACCGGAGAAGGGUCACGGGUUGGAUCGGGUUGAGCUUCGGGAGCCGUUAUGGGGCCAGAGGGGUUGGGUUGGCCCCACGGAGGGGUCAAGGGUCAGGUUGACCUUCAGGAAUCAUCAUGGGGGCCGUUGGGUUGGCCCCAUGGAGGGGUCAAGGGUCAAGUUGACCUUCAGGAGUCGUUAUGGGGGCAGUUGGGUUGACCCCACGGAGGGGUCAAGGGUCAGGUUGACCUUCAGAAAUCAUGGGGGCAGUUGGGUUGGCCCCACGGAGGGGUCAAGGGUCAAGUUGACCUUCAGGAAUCAUCAUGGGGGCCGUUGGGUUGGCCCCAUGGAGGGGUCAAGGGUCAAGUUGACCUUCAGGAAUCAUCAUGGGGGCAGCUGGGUUGGCCCCACGGAGGGGUCAAGGGUCAGGUUGACCUUCAGAAAUCAUGGGGGCAGUUGGGUUGACCCCACGGAGGGGUCAAGGGUCAAGUUGACCUUCAGGAGUCGUUAUGGGGACAGUUGGGUUGACCCCACGGAGGGGUCAAGGGUCAGGUUAGGAGGACCCUAGAGAAGGAUCAUGGGGGUGGUGGGGUGGGGUUGACCCCGCCGAGGGGGUCCUCGCGGGCGGGGGUUAUGGGUCGGGGUUGACCCUAGAAGAGGUCAAAGGUCAGGAUUGGGUUGACCUUGACCCGUCCGGGGUGGGGGGAGGACACACACCCCCCCCCCCUCCUCGCUGAUCCUGGGGGUGGGUGACGUGGGGGGCGGAGGCGCCUGGAGCCCAUUCCCACCACGCCCCCGAGGGGACGCCACACCCCCCCCACCCCCCCACCCCCCCCGCCCAACUAACCCGCUAACCACCCAUCCAACCAGCUAACCACCACCCAUCCCGCCCGUCAACCGCCCCCCCCCCCCCCGCCAUUUAACCAACCCGGUAACCGGGUAACCGCCACCCAUCCACCCGGGUAACCACCACCCAUCCCGCCGGUUAACUACCCACCCACCCAGCUAACCGACCCAUCCGCCUGCCUAACCGUCACUUAACCAUCCCCCCCCCAACCGGCUAACCAGCCACCCAUCCAACCAGUUAACCGACCGCGCAGCUACCCGCUCAUCCGACUAGCUAACCAGUCACUCCACCAGCUAACCAACCGCCCAGCCGGCUCCCCGCCCCCCGGCCAACCAGUUAACCAACCGCCCCCCCCCCCCCCCAAACGACUAACCAGCCCCCCAUCUAAACAGCUAAGCGACCAACCAGCUAACUACUGCCCACCCAGCCAGCUAACCGACCGGCCGACCGCUCAACUAACCAGCUAACCACCCACCCCACCAGCUAACCAACCCCUCUGACCACCCAUCCACCCGCCACCCGUCCCACCCGCUAACCGACCCGCCGCCUGACUAACCUGAGAACUGCCGGCCCGCUAACCAACCCGUCGCCCAGCUAACCAGCCCGUCGUCCAGCUAACCAGCUAACCAACCCGUCGCCCAGCUAACCAACCAACCCGUCGCCCAGCUAACCAACCCAUUGCCCAGCUAACCAACCAACCCAUCGCCCAGCUAACCAACCCAUCGCCCAGCUAACCAACCAACCAACCCAUCGCCCCACUAACCAACCCAUCGCCCCGC